UAUAAGAUUUAUAAAAUAUUGUACCUCAUAUUAUAUAGUAUAAAUACUCUUUCAAAACACAAUAUUGUGCUUUCAGUGAAUACGCACAUGCACGCUGACCACAUAACAGGCUCUGGUGCACUCAAGAAGAUGAUCCCUGGAUGCAAGAGCAUUAUAUCGAAAUCGAGCGGCGCCAAUGCUGACAUCAAACUCGAGCCUCAUGACGUCAUAGAGUUCGGAUCUUUCAAACUCGAUGUUCGGCCCACUCCAGGCCACACAAAUGGUUGUGUGACAUACGUUGCCGAAGACCAAGGAAUCGCAUUCACAGGAGAUACUCUCCUGAUCAGAGGUUGUGGUCGAACCGAUUUCCAAGAGGGAGACGCUGCUACGCUCUACGAGUCAGUACACAAUCACAUAUUCUCGCUUCCCGAACAUUUUCGACUCUUCCCUGCACAUGACUAUAAAGGUCAAAUGAGCACAACUGUUUGGGAAGAGAAGAGAUAUAAUCCACGACUGACGAAGUCAAAAAAUGAAUUCAUUGAUUUGAUGAACAAUCUAAACUUGCCUUAUCCAAAGAAAAUUGAUAUUUCUGUACCAGCCAAUAAAGUAUGCGGAAUACAGGAUUGAAUGGAAAAUAUUAUUAUGAAUUCUACUACUAUUGUAGAGUACACAGUACAUAGCCAUCACUGGUUUUUGUAUUCUAAACACUGAGUAUUAAUCAAAGCACUGUCUUUGUAACUUCUCAAUUAUUCUGGUCAUAAAAAUUGCUCAAAACUAAACUUUUGUUAGUGAGCUGCUAUACUGAUCCAAUAGUAAAUAGAUCAAAUAAGUUGUGGAAGAAUCCAUAAAUAAGGAAGGACGCACAAGAAUAAACUACAGUAUAUAUGUUGAUAUAGCUACUUUAUAUUCUGAAUCAGUACAUAUAAAAUAUUCUUAUAUACACUUCAUUACCGGACAUAUUAUUCAAUAAUGUAUCAAAUGUGAUACAAAUAUCCAAGGAAGCUAAUUACUGGAUUAAUUUUUGUCUCUUAUUCGUAUAUUUUUGUGAGCAGUUGAUUAAAGUAUUUAAUAGUACGGUCUGCACGCCUGUACUAUCACCUCUCAGAAUACAUUCCUGAUUCCACAUGUAUUUAUUUUACUACAGGAUGAAUUUAUUCAUUUCGUCAGUGCCUUAAUAAGAAUAUAUUAUCUUUAUCAGGUGCCAUAUGCAUUCCAAAUUUUAUAUCCUUUGCUGAAUUAAAUAAAAGACAAGUAAAUAAGAUUUAAUUGUUUAUCGGUCAUAGAACAGUUAUCUUUUAAUAGUAUUGACGAUUGAAUUGUCCAGUUGUUUUAUAAUCGUUAAAAUCGUAAAUUGUUUCAUCCACAAUCUGUGAUUUUACCAAGCGGACUUUUAGAAGCUUUAUAAAUACAGUAGUUAGGUACUAAAGGUGAAAUUAUUAUAAAAUUGUUCCACUGCAUUUAUUGUCUUACUUUUGAAUUAAUCAUAAUAAAACGAUUAUAAAAAAUGUUGAAUUUUUUAGAUUAUAUUAUAAUUGUUAUUAAUGAGUAUUAUAAUACUCGUUUGUUCUCAUGUUUAUAAUCCAGUCAUUUGAAAUGUACCGUAAUAAUUAAUGUUUAUUAUAAUUUGAUUGUAUGCAUUUAAUUGUAAAUAGAAUUUCUCAGUUUCA